ACCGUUGAUGGGUAGUAACCGUUGAUUUAACUAGUUAGUUAAAUAAUGCCCGUACCUAAAGGAUAUUUUUACUCUUUGUUCUGACAGAUGUCAAGGAGAUCUUUCUAGGAUCUGGUGUUUGUGCGAACAAAAUAGAAAAGAUCGAUACUAUGCCGAAAAUAUAGGAAUACUGUAUAAUAACUAUAUAUUUAUUACAUAGAACUGUUACUAGGUUGAGAUUGAAGAGGAUGUUAAAUUAAAUCACAAUGGAGUCAUUAGUACUUCAAGGGAAUAAUCUCGGAGAGAAACAUAAACAUUACAAUGAGUUACUGAAAACGGCAAUUAAGGAUUAUCCAUUAGAUCUUUCUCCUAUAGAUUAUCAUGAUUCCGAUGUUAAUAACAUGCUUAAAAUAGAUGUAGCCUGUAGCAGAAAAGAUGUAAAUUAUAUUAUAAAUGUUUUGAAAUGCACAGAUAUGUUCUAUGUUACUAAAGUUAUUAAAAAAAUCAAUUGGUUACUAACCAACGAGGAAUAUGUAAAUGUGAUUAAUCCACAAUAUUUGCAUACCACAAUAUUUCCCGAAUUGACUGUGAAAGCUAAAAUUAUGCUUUUAUUGCAUAUACGAUUAAGUCUUAAAAAGGAAACUCGUGUUGAAGAAUUUUUUGACUUCUUUAAGGAUACCAAUUUAAUAGAAGCUUUAAAAUGGCUACCAAAUUGUUCACAUUCCUUCAUAGAAAAUGCUAUUAAAACCUAUAAUGCUGCAAUCAAUGUUCAUAUUUUGAAACGUCUCUUUAAGAAAUCAAUAAAAUUUCUAACUACAUAUUUAAAUAGCAUAAUUUGUAAACAUAAAAGCAAUCAACAAGUAAUGGAAGUAACUACUUUUCUUAUGAAGAAUCAUUUAAAAGAAUAUUUGAAUAUAUUAGAGUCACUGAAGGAAAGUGACUAUCCUACAUUUGGUCCUAAACAUACUAAAAUACUGAUGAAAAAGGCACCUCAAAUAGUUCUUAAUAAUUUUGUAAAAUAUGGCAAAAUAAUUAACCUACAGACCUUUGCUAAAUUUGUACAACCAGAACCUUUUCUUGUUGAUAUUCUAUUAUCAGAUCAUGACAAAAAUAUAGAAGUUCCAUGGUUUGAUGAGAAUGCUUUGGACAUACUUUUCACAGCUAUGCCUAAAGAAAAAAUACCAGAAUUUGUAGAAGAGAAUGUUUUACAAAAUACAAAUAAACUAAAAUAUUUCAUGUUUCUUGCGAUCCCUCACAAAAGUAUACGCUGGUAUAAAUAUAUAUGUUUUGAAACGGCUUGCUUACAUAUUACAGAAUCAAUUAGAGCAGAGUCAUUACCAAAGAAACGGAUGAUGAUGAUGGAAAUUUUACUGCUAUCUGCUGAAAACAACAUGGAAAAUGUUGAAGAAACACUAGAAUAUUUUCGCUCCUACCAUAUAAAUGAAUCCUUAGUAUAUAAAAAAGAUUUUAUUCUUAAAGUAUUCAAACAAGUAGAUGCCUUUCGCCUUAGUAAUAAAGGUUGGGAAGAUCUAAAUGUAAUUUACUUAAGUAUUGAAGAUUUAAAAUCAGAAAAGAAAAAGGAUCAAAGAUACAUCAAAGCGGCAAUCAUUCGUAAAAUUAUUAACAACGACGGUGUUUCUGAGAUUUUAGAAAAAAAUUUUAAUUUCGAAUCAAUGAAAUUAUAUAGAAAAAAAUUGAACGAAAAAGAGUGUGAAAUGAUUUUUAAUUAUUUAUAUAGUUAUUCUAUGAAGCAAGUAAAUUUACAAGAUAUAUCAAAUGAAAUGGAAUUAAAAAAUAUGGUAACUUGGUUACGAAAAGUCCUAAUACUAUUAUCUGAUUGGGAAAAAGAUCUUGCUAAUUUUCCAGAAGUAGUAAAAGUGAUUACCGAACUGAUAGAUCUCAAGACAAAUAAAUUUAAGGAUGUUAAUCUAUCAAGCCUUUAUAACGUAAAUAAAUCUUGGAGGAAAGAAUUAUUUACCAUAUCCUUGAAUUUAUCGUUAUCUCAGAAUGUAUGCAUAAAUGUUUUAAAACAUGACUCAAAAUUAUUGUUAGAGUCUAAACACUUCAUGGGGUUGCUUGCUUGUAGAGAUUUUACAAAUCUACAAAAACUUCUAAGCAAGAUCCGUAUUUAUUGGCCCGCAUCAGCAAAUGAAGCGAUUUCCUUUUGCCUCGACAGCCUUAAUAAUAGAGGCGACAAGGCCUUAAUUAAACACUUAAUGUAUCUCUUGCCUGUAAGUCCUUUGAAAGAAAUUGUCUUUAAAUAUAUUCCAUCACAGGAGUCAAUCUAUUGGAUUGAAGAUAAUAAAUUGUUAUUGAGUAAAACAAAGAAUAUUGCUAAGUACAUGCACAUUGCUAGACCCCAGUUACCCAUUAAGUUAGCGUUGUCGUAUGCUGGACGCGAUUAUUUGCAGUUUACUAUAUCUUCAUUAAACUCUAUGUUGUACAAUAUGAGCGAGGUAAACACUCGUACAUGUAUCAAAGAACUUCUAGAUUCUCGUGUUUCAUUACGGAAACACGUCAUUCGCGUGGCCAUUGAUAAGCUUAAAUACAAAGAGAUCAUAAAAUUAUUCCGUAACGCUUGGAUAAUUAUUGAAAAUAAAUCAAUCCGCGUAACUCUCUUUAAAGCUACCUUUAAAUUGUUAUGUAAGGAGAAAGAAAUUUCUGCCAUUACCUCUAUAUGGAAGUUAUUAUUGUUUUACCUUCCGUUUUUAACCGAAACUGAGAAUGUUGAAAUUUACGAAACUUUAACAAAAACGGAACAAGUACCUCCUAUCAUACAAGCAGGUUUUUGGUCGACGAGUGUAAUAUUUUUUAAAUGUAAGGAUACAAUUUGUGAUCAGAAAUAUUAUAUUCAAAAAGUUCUCUAUUCUGCAAGAUGUUGCCUAGAUACUGUCAAUACCAAAACUUUAGCAGAAAUACUAUUAAAAAAUAUUCAACAUGAUAUUUUAUCGAUGGAAUUAGACACAGAAUUUAUCGCAUCUUGCAUCUUAUAUACCAAGACGAUUGAAAGAAAUAUACAUAGAUACCACGCAAUUAUGACACCAAUAAUGGAGAUCUGUGUUACAUAUUGGGAUGUUAAAAAAGAUAAUAAAUACAUCUACAGGGUGGCAUUUGAAAGUCUGCUGGCUUCCUUGUGCAAAGUCUUCACAUUUGUUGUGCUACCACGACAUAUGAUAAUUCCCGAUGACUCGUUCUCCAAUAUUCUAAAAUUUAUGGAACGAAAGAUACCCAAUGAAGAGAAUUACAUAUUAUUAAUGACUUGGAGACUUUCAUGUAAAUUGAUUCAUGUUAUUAAAAUGAAUUCAUUUCAAAAAGGAUGCUGUGACAGGGAAACUGAAUACUGUAAUUUUAUAUUAUCAAAAGCUGCACCUCAAUUAGGGGAAGAAAUACAGAAAUGUUUGAGAGAAGACAUCAAAAACUACUAUCCUUCUAUUUACAUAUGUAUUAGUAACGCUGUUCAUUCGAUGUUUUGUUAUUUUAAUUUCUCAAAUUCUGUAGUAUUAUUGAUACUGAAAUCUAUCUUAUGUGUUGACCUAAAGGAAAGUUAUUUACUAGUUUUGGAAUUGAUACCGAGAAUAGAAAUAGUUGAUGGCGAAGCCACAAGUGAAAUAUUAGAUAUAAUAAAACUACAUCCAUCAAAAGAAGUGAAGUUACAUUACCACAAUCGGCGAAAUGAGAACUUUUAUCGAUUUCAUAAUGAUCUUAUUAAGUUAACAAAAGGAGAUAUAGAAAUGAAAACGCAAGUAUGUGGUGGUGUCGGUUGCGACGCUAAUCUGGAAAUAAAAAAAGCAUAUGUUACUCAUGGCUUCUAGUCCUGUAGCUUUACGUAAUCGUAGUAUUUAUUAUAAGUAUCGAUAUUAUAAAUCGAUUAUCGCCAAAUAUAUUAUGAUAUAAAUUAAAGUUUAAUUCAAUAAUCGAUUCGAAACGUAC